AUGCUACAGGGAAAGAUCAUCGUCUGGAACUGUAGAGGUAUAGUCAACAAUGAAACCCAGCGUGCCUUAAUCAAUAUCGUGCAGGCUCGCAAGCCAUCUCUAAUAUUCCUUUCGGAAAUUCUCGCUAGAAAAGAGCUUAUUGAUCAACUCACAAGAAGCCUUGGUUUCAAGGAUAGCAUAUGCUUUCCACAACAACAUGAGUCGCAAGGCCUGGCACUUAUAUGGAGUGAUGACAUUCAUGCAGAACUCAGAUCCAAAUCAGCGAACCACAUUGAUGUUGUACUUGGCAAACCUGACGAAACAAAGAAGUGGAGGUUUACUGGUAUAUAUGGUUUUGCGGCCAGGAGUGAUCGUAAUCGAACCUGGUCUCUCAUCAAAACCCUAGCCAAUGAAACAUAUAAUUUACCAUGGCUAAUUGCAGGGGAUUUCAAUGAAAUUAUGAUGCAGGCAGACAAAUCGGGAGGCCCUCCUAGGGCUCAAGCACCAAUGACACAAUUCAGAAGUACAAUGACGAGCUGUGGUUUUAUCGAUCUUGGGUAUGUAGGCAGCAGAUACACAUGGAGUAAUAAGUUCAUAAAGGAGCGUCUAGAUAGAGGUUUUCAAACUGUUCGAUGGCGGGAUUGGUUCCCUUUUAGUAGGGUGAUUACCCUUGAUCCCUCAGAUUCUGAUCAUUGUCCCCUUCUUAUAGGAGUAAACCUGGAUAAGAGCCGACACAGGAGGAAGGCCAGACUUUUUCGUUUUGAAGAGUCGUGGCAUGGAAACUCAUAUUGUAGAUGCAUUAUUCAGAGACACUGGGCUCAACUGGUAACAGGCAAUGCUUUGCAACAGCUUGAUGCUAAGAUCAGGGCUACUGGCCAGGAAUUAAUGGAUUGGCACAUCAAAGAAUUUGAAAACCAUAAAGUGGAGCUAAAGGUGAUUCAAGAAAAGCUCACAUAUAUUAUGAAAGCCCCGUACUCACCAGAGCAGUAUGAAGAACAAAGGUCUUUACAUGUGAAACAAAACCAACUCUUGACUCAGCAAGAGAAGUAUCGGAGACAACGCUCUCGUGCUAUUUGGCUAAAAGAGGGUGAUCAGAAUUCAGCCUACUUUCACCGAAGAGCUAGCAAUCGAAGGAGCAAAAAUACAAUAAAAGGACUCACUAAUGAGUCCGGUGAAUGGAGUUCUGAGCCUGAUGACAUCAAAAGGUUGCUCUUAACCUACUUUCAAGGCAUUUUCCACUCUGAAAGUUCCAAUACCGAGGCUAUCCAAACUGUCCUAGCAGCAACACCUUCAAAAGUGACUGCAGCCAUGAAUGAAUCUCUCAUGCAACCCUACUCUGACGAGGAGAUUAAAAAAGCUCUUUUCCAAAGGCAUCCUUCAAAAAGCCCGGGGUCGGAUGGCAUGUCUCCUUUCUUUUACCAAAAAUAUUGGGAUAUGGUUAGUUUGGAUGUUUGUAAUGCAGUUCGUAACUCGUUGGAGAAGGGUGAGUUUUGGCAACAUUCCAACUUCACGUACCUAUGCCUUAUUCCAAAAAUCAAAGAUUCCAAGGAAGCAGCUCAUUUUCUACCCAUUGCCCUCUGUAAUGUUAUAUGUCAAAUUAUCUCCAAGGUUAUUGCAAAUAGGUUGAAACACUGUUUGCCGGACAUUAUCUCGCCACUGUAG